CUGAAAGACACAUAUCAUCUGCUUCUCAAGAAGAUGACUGUGAAGGUGAUGAUGGGCCAGGAAGACCAGUGGAAAACUCCCUAGGAGAGAACCAUAGAAAAUGUAUACUUCAGAAGAAAGAUGUAAUCCAAGAACUCAGAAAACAAAAAUAUAUCAUGUGGGCCCUCAGAAGGGUAAAAAGAUUUUUAUUCAUGUGCAUGAGAUUUCUCAAGUAGAUGAUCAAAUAUCCCAGUGCCUUGAAUGCCAACAAAACUUCUCUAAAAACUUAGCUUUUAUUAUGUGUGAGAGAACCCAUACUGGGGAGAAACCUUAUCGAUGUGAUAUGUGUGAGAAAACCUUCCUCCAAAGUACAGAGCUUAUUUCACAUCAGAGGAUCCACAAUUAUGAGAAACCUUACAAAUGUAGUAAAUGUGAGAAGAGCUUUUGGCACCACUUAGCCCUUUCAGGACACCAGAGAACACAUGCAGGUAAAAAAUUUUAUACUUGUGAUAUUUGUGGCAAGAACUUUGGUCAGAGCUCUGAUCUGCUUGUCCACCAGCGAAGCCAUACAGGCGAGAAACCAUAUCUGUGUAGUGAGUGUGAUAAAUGUUUCAGUCGAAGUACAAACCUGAUAAGGCAUCGAAGAACUCACACAGGUGAAAAACCAUUUAAGUGUCUGGAGUGUGAAAAAGCUUUUAGUGGGAAAUCAGAUCUUAUUAGCCACCAGAGAACACAUACUGGUGAAAGGCCCUACAAAUGUAAUAAGUGUGAGAAGAGUUACCGACACCGUUCAGCCUUCAUUGUACAUAAAAGAGUUCAUACUGGGGAGAAACCCUAUAAGUGUGGUGCCUGUGAGAAAUGCUUUGGUCAGAAAUCAGACCUUAUCGUGCACCAGAGAGUCCAUACAGGUGAGAAGCCCUACAAAUGCUUGGAAUGUAUGAGGAGUUUUACUCGGAGUGCCAACCUAAUUAGGCACCAGGCAACUCACACUCACACUUUUAAAUGCCUUGAAUAUGAGAAAAGUUUGAACUGUAGCUCAGACCUUAUUGUGCAUCAGAGAAUUCACAUGGAAGAGAAACCACAUCAGUGGUCUGCGUGUGAGAGUGGUUUCCUUUUAGGUAUGGAUUUUGUUGCCCAGCAGAAAAUGAGAACUCAAACAGAGGAGCUUCAUUAUAAAUACAGUGUGUGUGAUAAAAGCUUCCAUCAGAGUUCAGCUCUUCAGCAUCAGACAGUGCACAUUGGUGAUAAACCAUAUAUCUGCAGUGUGGGUGAGAAGGGUCUCGAGCUCAGCCCUGCUCAUGCAUCAGAAGCCUCACAAAUGUCUUGACCAACAAGAAAUUAUAAUAUAAAAAUGUAUUUACCUGCCAGAGAACUACUUAAAAUGAAGAACCUAGGCAAAUCUUACAUUUUCCUUGGUGCUCAAACUUAAGUGGGGAUCAGAAAGCCUGUGGUUGUAGGGAGUGGGAGAAAUGCUUUGCCCACAGAGCAACUCUGACACCACCAUAUCAGUUAGUUACUUACAGUGAAGAACUCUACAUAUGCCCUGUGUUUAGGAAAUCUCUAGUCUGAGCUCAAAUUUGAUCACUCACAAGCGGAUUCUUACAAGUGUGUGUGAGACCUUUCUAACUGCGUAGCCUUCCUUGUUGCAAGGAAAUUCGUGCUGGAAAACAACUUUUUAAAUGCCUUCAGUGAUUCAUUGUAUAGGCACAUCUCAUUGGACACCAGAAAACCCACCUUGGGACACCCUCAGCAAGUAUGAAGACACUUUCUAACAGAACUCUUAAUGUCUUGCCCAUCAGAGAAGCCAUACUGGUGAAGAAUUGUGUAUUUGUCCUGAGUGUGGCACAAGACUAUUUGGAGAGCCUUACCUGGGUUUAUAUCCCACAAAAAUCCUAAUCUGAGGAAAGACCUUAUGACUAUCUGGAUGAGAUAGCUUGGAAUGAUCAGUUCUUAUGGUACAUCAGGGAACUAAGUGGGAAAAAAAAAAAAACAAAACAACCCUGUAAAUACUUUAAGUCUGAAAAAUGCUUUGCUAUAAGCUCUUAUCUUACUGGGUCCCAAAGAACCCAUUCUUCAGAGAAGCUUGCUCCCAUAAAAGAUCAGACUGUACAUAUGCUACAUAUGACAAGGAUUGUCUCACAGUUAGUUGAUAAUUACAAGAGGUUUGACUUUCAGUGGAGUCAUCUUGGGAGUAAAUUGUAGACUUCCAGAAACUUGUUCUAGGAGGAGCUGGGCUGGUCCGUGGGGACCUUAUGGGUAACUCAGGUAAAGAUACUUAUAUCUGAAUCACUUAAUGAUGGCUUUACUUUCACUGUUUAAAAUUCAGAAAUCCACUAAAGGAAGAGUGUAAUCUUGAAAUAGAAGGGGUAACAUGUGUCACUGUUAGGAAAGAAGAAUGUCUUGAUUUGCCUCUGGAUUUUCAUUCUUGGCUAGAAUGUGUUAAGUAGUGUGGGAACCUCUUGGUGAUGGUAAUUAAAAGAACUAAAGCUCAAAAGGAUUUAACUCUUACAGUAGUUUCCCAUUUGCAGGACUAGUCUCAUAAAGAAGCAGGAUAAGCUUCUUAGGAGUUGAGUUAUAUUUUCAAAACUUACAAUUUUUGGUUAUCAUUGGUAUUUGAAAUUUCUACUUGAGAGAUUCAUUUUCUUUCAAUUCAGUACGUAAAUUCCAGCAUCAUAACUGUGAUGUUAGUGUCUGUUCUUUGGCAUCAUUUUAUCUCUUUCAGUGAGAGAUACCUCUGAGUUAGUCCCUGGCAGACUGGCUAGAUGAGAACAAAAAGUAGCUGAUACCUGAAUGGACAGAGUGUGAAACAGAGUGAAGUGUUUACAGAAGAGCAGGGCUUCAUUUGGAGUGCUUGUCUCCUUAGCUAGUUUCCCUUCACUCUAUACUUCUGCUGUAAACAGCAGUUCAAGCCUCUUGAUAAUAUUUUUCAUUUAUUUCAGAUCCGCCAAGAAAAGAGAAAUUAUCUUUUAAUCCCAGGGAGAGUUGCAGUCACCACAAUCUAAGGUAUAUUUUUGGCUUGGAUGGAGGAUUUUAAAUGGUGGAAGGGAAAAGUAGUUGGCAGAUUCAUCACACUUUUAAGGAUAAUAAUCACUUGUCUCCUGUUUAACAGGAUACUGUGAUUAUUUUUAGUAUUCUCUAGAAAUCUUGUAAUCCAGGGUCUAUGAGUGGUUGCAUAUGAGUUGUUUUCUUCCUUCUGAUUAAGCCAUUUAUAUAGAUAUUUCAGAUUCCUGCAGUACUUGGGACUCUGUAGCUUGGUGAAUAAACAUGGCUAUCACUAGCGUAGGUUUGGUGUACUAUAAUAGCAGAUCCCUGAACUGCAGAGGGUAUUGCCACUUGAAUGUGUGGAGGUAACCAGCUGCUGCCUAGUGUAGCCAUGAGUUUUGCUCCAAAUGAUUGGUUGAUGAUUAUGAUAUUAGGGCCAGAGGAUGUAGCUCUUAAUGAUAAUGAGGAAAUGGAUUCAAAGAUAUUUCUUUUUUCAGAAAAUAUCCUGGAAGUUUGUUUGAUCUAAUGUGUUUCAGUACUUUUUAUAAAUAGCUCUUGUAUCAUGAAAAAUUACCCAGUGUGAUAAAACACUCAAGAAUUUUUUUUUCCUCUUUGGUGAAAAUGCCUAUGACUAGUUUAUGUUUUACAGUAGUAAUAUGUAAAAUAGCAUUGGGUGUAUAGCAUGGCAGUGAUGAAAAUUAGUCCUUAUGGCUACUUGGUAGUCAUUAGAACUGGAGAAGGGGACUAAAUUGGUAUCAUUAGCAGGGCAAUGAUUUGCCUCUCUUUCACUAAUCUUACUGGUAAUUGUUUCUAGGCUUUAAAUUAAUGAUGGACCCUUUGUUAAAUAGAGAACUUCGGGGCUAUGAAACAGAUCUGAGGGCUUUUAACCGUGGAGGGAAAGGGUAUUGGUAUUAUUCAUAUAGCAUAACCUGAGGUUGGAGAGGACCACUUGGGAGCCUAUAACCAAAAUUAGAAGGUAACUUCUGGGAUGGAUGGGGGUUCCCUUGAAGCAGUGCCAACCUAAAUCUACCUCAGGUAAGUAGGAUAAUUUUUUCAAGUUUCAGACCAAACAACUUGUAUUCAGUCAAUAUAUUCCUAUGCUUUAAUGUUUUCAUUUUCCCUUAAUUCUUAAAUAAACAUUUGUUCUGACACACCA